AUGGUGUGCUCCUCCCUGACAGUGAUCCUUUGGGUCCCCCAUGUCCAUGCAGUGUGGGCCUGCGUGCGGUCCUGCCCUGCCAACUGCGUGUGCACCCAGGAACGGAGCUGCUCCGUCCUCUGCGAUCGGGCCGGUCUGGGGCAGAUCCCUAGUGAGUUCCCUUGCGAAGCCUCCUCUAUCAACCUGGACAAAAACAACAUCAAGUUUCUCUCUGAGAGGGCCUUUGGGACCUUGCCUUCCCUCAAAUCCCUGUCACUCAACCACAACAAUAUCUCCUUCAUCACCCCGGGGGCUUUCAAGGGGCUCCCCAGCCUGACUGAGCUGAAGAUGGCCCACAAUGAGUACAUUCGCUAUCUCCACACGCGGACUUUCACUGCCCUCAAACGGCUGGUCAAGCUGGACCUGGCAGACUGCAACCUUUUCAACAUCCCAGACAGGAUCUUCAUCGAGCUGCCUGCUCUGCAGGAGCUCUUCUGCUUCCAGAACAACUUCCGGAGGAUCCCAGGUGCCAUCAGGGGCAUGGAGAACCUGACACAUGUUUACCUGGAGAGGAACAGGAUUGAAGCAGUAGCCUAUAACUCCCUGCAGGGCCUGACCAAGCUGAAGUACCUGAAUCUGCAGGAUAACAGGAUAAAUGUCAUUCAUGAGCGAGCUUUUCAGGGCUGCCAGAAGAUGGAGUAUCUGUACCUGAACGACAAUUUGAUCAGCGAGCUUCCAGAAAACUCCUUUGAUGGUCUCAGGUGCCUGAAGAUGCUCAACCUGGGGGGGAAUUUCCUCAGGAAUGUUUCCAACACUUGGUUCAGGGAUCUGGGGGAGCUGGAGGUCCUCUACCUGGACCGCAACAGGAUCAACUACAUUGAGGAAGGGGCUUUUGAAAACCUCACCAGCCUGGUUGCGUUGCACUUGAACAGUAACAACCUGACAACUCUGCCCUUUUCUGUCUUCCAGCCAGUGUACUUCCUGGGGCAGCUGUACCUCUUCCGCAACCCCUGGGAGUGCGACUGUCGCAUCGAGUGGCUAAAGGAGUGGAUGGAGAAUUACAGGCUCGUCAGAGAUAUACCCUGUGCCUCCCCCUCCUCAGUAGCUGGGAUGGACCUGAUGGACAUGACCUAUGAGAGAUCACCAGAAGGUUACUGUCUUGACCCAGUGGAGCUAAAUGUCACGUAUGAAGGCCCGACCCCAGGUGAAGAGCCUUGGUCUACCACGGAGAGCAAGUUCAACAGCCUUAUCUCUAAACUCUUGCUCCAGAUGGGCCUUCCCGAAGAUGUGGCAAACACCACUGAAGUCUUUGGUAACACCACAGAGCUGGAUGGACUGACUGGUGGGGUUUCUUCUGGGGUGGGGAAAGACAGUAUUGAAGCUGCCUCCUCUUUUUACCUCACAGCACUUUUUACAGUGGUUAUUUUGCAGAGCAAAUAG